UCGAACGGUGCCCUUGAUACGCCACCACUAGGCCACCGAUCCGUCACGAUUCGCACUCCGUGCCGCCCUCGCUUCGCCGCUCCCCGUCCAUGCCCCACUUCGUCGCCCACAUGUAGGUGUCCACUGGAACGCCGCGGGCGCUGCAGCCUGGAUGCUCCGGUCGCACUCCAUUGACUAGCCGCCACCCCAUGCCUCUCCACGCACUACACACGCGAACAUUGAUGCCCCGACUAAAGUCGCCCCUCUCCUAUGGCGUUAGCGGAAAUCAAUCACAAUUGAUCUGCAGACCUGCAUCAGUAGUUUCUAGCUUUAACUGAAAAACUUUCUUGCAUCACUCACAACUCCACUUUGUAAAUAAAAACUGAGGUGGAAUGUUUGGUGAGUCUGCAGUCCAGAUAGUAUCAACAAAUGCUUACAUUGCAUAGAUACUUAGUGGUUAUAGUGUUUUUUUUAUCCAUGGAAUCCAUGUGUCUGUCUUGGUAAAUUUGGAAAAUACAUAUGCAGACACAGUUGCUUUGGUUGAUCUUCGUUGCAGAUCAUUCCCAAUGGCAUACCCUAUUCGCAGAGAAGGAAGGUGAAAAGGCUCUUAAGCCAGCAGCGGUGAAGUUCAUACGUGAAGAUGUUUUUCCUUAAACGUCAACCUAUUAUCUUUAUUUUCAUAGCUAGAGCAGAGAUCUUACAAGCUGGUGUCAAUGGUUACAACAACUGCAUAUUCGAUCAGGAAUUCAGGGCUGAUGUAGUGAAAGCUCUUAAAGAGAACGGAGCGUGCACUCACAUGAAAUGUUCCUUCGGUAGAACUUCGAAUGGUGGUGAUGGUGAUGGGAAGGAGAAUCUCUUUGCAUCGUUUUUCUUUGACAGGGCAGCUGAGCGCAGCCUUUGGUCACAUCACCUCCCUACUACUGUGUAAUGCUCCCGUCCUUCUACACCUUUAUGUGGUUGGUUAAGCGGUAUUUCUACAGCUAAGUACCUCUAACUUCUUUCUCUUCUGGGAUUACUCAUACAAUUAGAGCAGGUCGGAUACCUUCC